GCUUGGAGCAACCUGGGAUAAUGGAAGGUGUCCCUGUCCAUGGCAGGGGGCCUGAAACAAGGUGAUCUUUAAGGUUCCUUCCAAACCAAACCAUUUUAUAAUUCUAUCAAGGAAUUUUGGGGUUCCUCCACCCAACCAAGCCAUCCUACCACUUAAAAAUUAUGGGCCUAACUCAGCAGUACUUCUGUACAAAACAACUCCUGUCCACAGUAAUUUCUGCUUCCAAACCCCCUCGGCUGCUGGGUGGAAAGGAUGGUGCUCUGUUCUUGCAGAGCAGCAGUUAGAGAGCCCAAGGGCCAUCCUUCUGGCAGUGUUUUCCUCUCUUGGGAAGGCUGCCUUCCCUCAAAGGAAGGAGCAGAAUGCUUCUGGGAGCCUCCGUCCCUGAAUAGUCUGCACCAUCUGCUGGCAUAAGAGCAGGACUGACUCACUAACCAUGAAUUUCGGGGAUGCAGGAGACUUUGGGGAAUAAAAAGUCCUGGCUCCAGCCUCCAAUUAUGCAUUUCUUCCAGUCUAAAAGGGGAAGAAUGGCCGAAGAUAAUGCCUACCCCUCUAACCAAUGUAAUGACACAAACCCUUCAGAAAGAGGCUGUAAUUAGAGAGCCCUGCAAUUUUAACAAGUAAACCCACAAGAAUUCAGCCUUUCUCUACUAGAGGGCACAGCUCUAGCCCACAGGGAACAUUUUAGCUUAUUUAUUUAUACAGAUUCAUUCCUAGCAUUCAGAAAUACCAUUCCAUGCCUUAGGUAAGUCUUCUUUGGCUACUGUAACCUCCCUGAAUGCCACCCUGUUGCACUGCAACCGCUGCAAAAUUUGAAGCUCAAGUUUUCCUUUUCACGCCUCUGCCCUCCAGCUCCUGCUUUUAUAAAGUUUUUUCCCUUGUUCUCAGUUUCCUGAACAGCUUGAUUCUUAUUUCCUAUUUUCUGUCUUGCUGCCAUCACUCCUCCUCCAAGCUAUUCUUGUCAAACUAUUAAUUUCAUCUUAUUUGACAGUACAGCAGCCCUCCAUGACUGUGCUUCGCUCAACAAAUUAUCAGUUACACCAACCAUAAGACUCUUUUUCACUCCACUGACUUUCCAGAAGAGGCAGUUUGUAAAAUGCAAAGUAAUAUUAAUGUUUCUGCUCAGGAGUUUCCACUUUGCAUUGCUAAAGCUUUCAUUUUGACGGAGCUGUAUUCUGAAAAGACAUGACUAGCACAGGGUGUCUGCUCUAUCCAUCUGCACCACUGGCUCAGAAUAUCAAAUAAGUCCCACUUUCUUUCAUAUUAGAUGUAUUUUUUUCCUUACCUAGAGCAAAUUCAUAUCAUCACUACUUCCACAGUAGAGGUGAACCCUGUCAGAGAGCAAACUGAGACCAAACCAGAAGAACAGCAAAAUGUUUGUAUUGAUUUAAUAAAACUGGUUUUGUUAGAUGAGUUUAAUGCACCAUUUGAGGAAUACCCCUCACCUACAGGAAUAAACUUGGCUUUGGUCUGUAAUAACAUUCUAUGAAACUACCACUCUGAUUUAAAUGGUUUUAAAACCAAACCUGUAUUUAAACAGAUGGAUUUUAAUUUGAAGAUAGAGACAAGACAUAGAAACUUCUCUAGUAGUCCUUCCAUAAAGGGCAUUUUAACACCACAAACGAGGUAUCACAAAGAGAUGAAAACCACCAGAAAACAUCUCCACAGGCAACACCCCCAUUCCUGGGCUGAGAAUGGAAGAAUAACAAGUACAAUCUUUUCUCUGCAGAUGAUUUUGCACAGAGCAAGCUGAGAAGCAGCUGAAAGCAGAGCUGCUACCCCUCUGGUUAGGAGGGCUGGCCUUUGAAGCACUGACUAAUCACAGGGCACACCUGAUCUGCCCUCCUGGCUUGCAAAACCAGCAGCUAAUGCACCUCUGAGCCCAUCCUUUCCCCUCUGCUGAGGGGCUGGAUGAGCUCAGUGCUCACUGGGAGGAGUUUCUCGUUACCUGCUGGCAGUGAGCCCAAUGUCCCAGCCUGGGGACCCUGACACCACUGCGUUUGCAGCAUUUCCAAACAGAAAAACAGCUGGAUCUGGUUAGUGUCCAGUUAGCCCAGUGUCCUGCUCCUUCCAGCAACCAUGGCUGUGGAAAAAAAAAGCAUGGCAAGGGUCAAGGAAAACCCACUGUUCCCUGGCCAUGUUGCCCAGCUGGCCAUUGGUAGCCUUCAGGGGAUCUUUCUUCCACUAAUUUGGUUUGGGUUGGGUUUUUUACCUCAAAUCUAUUUUUAUCGUUCAUCUUCUGCAAUAUCUAGUUAUAAUGAGUUUUACAAUUUAAUACUUGUUUAAAAAUAUAUUCACUUGAUUUAAAUGUGCAUGGGUGGGUGCUCCCCUUGAGCCUUCUGUGGAAAGUAAUAAUGGAACUCCUCUGUCCCUCUCCUUUCUCCAUCAUUUAUCAUUCUGAAAGCUUCUACAAGAUUCUUUUAAUUCAUCUUCUGUUUUAACAAGUCCUUGGCUUUCCAGCCUUUCUUUUCAGCCAAAAAACUUUAAGCCAGUUAAUGAUUUCUUGUUAACUAGUAACUAUCAGUGGAUACAAGCAGUUCCCAGCAUCUUAACUGCCUCAAACAACAGAAUUCUGUUUCCACAGUCUCUCCAUUAAAUCUUGGACAUAAAUCUAUAAAUCCAUUAAACACUACUGCAUUAACCAUACCUCUGAGACAGAAGGAAUUCCCUGAUGUGACCUAUGGCAGAACAGCAGGGAUAAAAUACUUGCUCAAACAGGGCAGGGAGUGUUUGCCUUUCCUACCCAUGCUUUACCCACCAGGCUGCCCUUGGCACGGGGAUUUGUUUUGGGGUGAAAAAAGGCUUGAAAAAUUAGUGCAAUUCAGGGUAAGGGUGGCAGGGGCAGAAAAUGGGAGCAGAGCACUUUAAGAGAGCCCUGGGAAGCUGUAACCUGAAGCCUGCCGAAGGCUGGGCUGGGGGAAGCAGCAAAAAGCAGAUGUGGCUGCACCAAACCCGCACUGUCCUCGACUCACACCCGCUGGGAGCCCUGAGAGCAGCGGCCGAGAGGAGCCCCAGGUCCAGGCAUGCAGAUUCCAGUGGUUCUCCUUUUCCUGGGCCUCUUAACUGUCCCAAGCAGAACUCAGAACUCAGCAACUGAGCAGAACUCUGCCACAGCUGAUGGAGCCAAUGCUGGUGAGGAAGAGGAAGAUCCAUUCUACAAGAGCCCUGUGAACAAGCUGGCAGCUGCAGUCUCCAACUUUGGCUACGACCUGUACCGCCAGCAGUCCAGCCGGACAGCCACGGCCAACGUGCUGCUGUCUCCUUUCAGCCUGGCCACUGCACUUUCUGGUCUCUCACUUGGGGCUGGAGAACGAACCGAGGAUGUGAUUUCUCGCGCCCUCUUCUACGAUCUGCUCAACAAGGCUGAGGUCCACGACACCUACAAGGACCUCCUGGGCAGUGUGACUGGGCCAGAGAAGAGCAUGAAAAGUGCCUCCCGGAUCAUCUUGGAGAAAAGACUCAGGGCAAGGCCUGGAUUUCACAGCCAGCUCGAGAAGUCCUACAAGAUGAGACCAAGGGCACUGAGUGGCAACAGCCAGCUGGACCUCCAAGAAAUCAACACCUGGGUCCGACAGCAGACAAAGGGAAGGAUCAUGAGGUUCAUGAAGGACAUGCCCACAGAUGUCAGCAUUCUCCUUGCUGGGGCUGCUUUCUUCAAGGGGACAUGGAAAACCAAGUUUGACAUCAAGAAGACUGCCCUGAAGGACUUCUACCUGGAUGAGGACAGGACUGUGAAGGUGUCCAUGAUGUCAGACCCCAAAGCCAUCCUGAGAUAUGGUUUUGACUCAGAACUCAACUGCAAGAUUGCCCAGCUGCCCCUGACAGAGGGAAUCAGUGCCAUGUUCUUCCUGCCCACAAAAGUGACCCAGAACAUGACUCUGAUUGAGGAAAGCCUCACUUCUGAGUUUGUCCACGAUGUGGACAGGGAGCUGAAGACAGUCCAUGCUGUGCUGAGCCUGCCCAAACUAAAGCUGAACCACGAAGAGGCACUUGGCAGCACACUAAAGGAGACAAGGCUCCAAUCACUUUUCACAUCACCCGAUUUCUCCAAGAUUUCUGCCAAACCUCUGAGAUUAUCUCAUGUGCAACACAAGGCAAUGCUGGAGCUUAGUGAGGAUGGGGAAAGAUCCACACCAAACCCUGGGACCAAUGCUGCUCGUCUGACCUUCCCCAUAGAAUACCACGUGGACAGACCCUUCCUUCUUGUGCUGAGGGAUGAUUCCACUGGAACCCUCCUCUUCAUUGGCAAGAUCCUGGAUCCCAGGGGUGUUUAGAUCCCUUCACAAUAAUCUGCAAUGGUAGGGGCCAAACGAAAGGGUGAUAUUGGGAGGGAUACUGGCUCCCUGCUCUGCUGCACAAAGACACAACUUGCAAAUCUUACGCCUUCAUGCUGCAAUAAAAGAGCUUUUGCUAUUAAUCUCAGCAAGCCCAAGUAUUCUCCCUUGAAAGGUUAUCUGCCUACACUCCCAAUUUCCCCAGAGGAGGAAUGCAGUUCUGUGUCCUGAAAGCAAACAUUAUCUGGUGUGUGCUGCACUGUUCCCCAUCCUGUUUUCCAACCUGACACCAGUUGUUGAUUCUGAAUCCCUCACCACUGACAGACCUGUGCUGGAGCCCUCCAAGUUCUGCAGUGCCCCCUUUUAUAGACUGUAAGUUUGCACUUCCCAGGCUGUUGCCUCACCCCUUCCAACAGUUUCCAUUUGACACUGGCAAGAAGGAAAGUGCCUCACAGUAUUAAAAAUAGAAGGCAA